AUGGAAAAUGGAUCUGGUGAAGGAUUUGAAAACGUUAGUGAACUGCAAUUGGAGACCCCAAAGCCUAAGAAAAAGCGCGGAAGACCGAAAAAAGUUUCCCCUAAAGACGAAUCAUCUCCAAUUGUGCCUCAGAAACGUACUCAAGAAGAGUCCAAUGAGUCACUGAAAAAGAAGAAAACUUCGCCUCCGUCUCUGGCACCUUCAAGUGGAGCCAAGCGCAACCGUGGACACUUGUUUGAUGACAAUUCGAGCUUUUCCGACGAUGAUUUUUUUGCGACUAAAAUCAAGAGAUCACCAGCAAAGUCGGCAAUCAAAGAAAAGUUGGAUCAGGUGAAGGAGGAGUCGCCAAUUCGAAAGAAACAACAAAAGCAGCAAGUUGAAAGUCCUCAAUUCAAAACCUUAAAGGAAGAAGAAGAUAGCUUUGAGCAUGGUCGUGCUCUUAUAAAGGACCGUAAAUUGGCGGAAAUGGCCGCUGAUUUGGGGGUAACCAUUCAUGGCACUCCGCCUAAAGACUUUAAGCUUGAGGAAUCCAGUUUUGAGUCCAAAAUUAGCGAUACUCCAAAAAGAACACCAAGAAAAUCGCCGUUGAAAAGUGCGUCUCUGACAGAAAAGAAGAAGACUCCCAAGACUCAGACGCCAGUGAAGAGCAGUUCGUCUCCCACGCUUUCUUUGAAGCUGACGCCAGCUAAAGACACGCCAAAGAUUAAAGACACGCCAAAAGCUAAAGAAACUCCAAAAAGCUCGAAGGAUACCCCAAAAGCUAGAGACACUCCAAAGGGCCACAAGGAUACCCCAAAAAGCUCGAAAGUAACCCCAAAAAGCUCCAAGGUCACACCUAAAAGCUCGAAAGCGACUCCAAAGUCUGCGACGCCCAAGAGAACGCCUAGGAAGACCCCAUCGAAAGGCUCGUCAACACCGAAAAAAGCGGAGAAUUCUGUAAUUGAAGAAGAAUCUGACGACGAGUCGGAUGAAGAGACGGAUGAAACUCAUCACAAGUCGUCCAAUUCCCGCAAAAAGUCGUUCUGGUCGCCAUUUUUCUUCAUUUCUCUCUGGCUUUUGGCGGUGGUAUACGGCCUUGGAGUGUUCUGGUACCGUGAACAACAAUACCUCGUUGGCUACUGUGGCCAAGAAAUCGAACAGGCAACGGUUCCACCUAAUUCACAUCCUUUGUUGGUGUCUGUUGGAGCCUAUUUAGACGCCAAUUUCAAACCCAGGUGUACUCCAUGUCCUCCUCAUGCCCGAUGCUACCCAUACUUGGAGCUUGGAUGUUAUGAGGAUUUUGUGGAAACACAACCAUGGUACUUCCGUCUUACUCCUACGUUACACACCAAUUUGAAAAGAUGUGUUCCCGACACCAAAAAGGCAGAAAAGCUCGAGAUCAUGAUCGAUGUAGCAUUAGACUUGUUGCGGUCGCGCAACGCAGAAAAGAAUUGUGGAAGAACUUCCACCGAUGACUUCGAGGCAGGCUUGAAUUCCACUGAGCUCCAUGAUUUAUUGUUGAUGAUGAAGGCUCCUUAUAUUACUAGGGACGAGUUUGAAGAAUUGUGGGAAAGAUCAGUGAUUGAAUUGGAAAAAGAACCCGAAGUAAUUGUAAGGCAAGUUAGCACAUUUUCACCUUUUUCCCAACCUAUACUAACCCAGACUGGAUUCAGUGAUGGCGUACGUGCCGGUAUCGUUGACAACUCGUCAAAAUCGCAGAAAACCUCGGACAAAAUUCUUCGAUCAACGUCCUUAUCAAACCUCAGUUUCAAAUGCCGAAUUCUGAAUACGGUGAUAGGGACGGUGGUUCACUACAAAGGAGUAUUACUGGCCAUGGUGGCGGUGUAUUUUAUUGUAUUAUAUGUUCGGUACCGGAUUCGCCAGUAUAGAUUACAGCGACUCCGGGUUGAGACCGUGUACUAUGAAGUUCUUCGCAACCUCAAAAAACAGUAUAACCUUGCGAAGCAAGACCCAUCCAUUCCCCUGUACAUUGGGUCCACUCAGCUUCGUGAUUUGAUCUUGACCACUGAAAAGAACUUGAGUCGGAAGCUCAAGCUUUGGAACCGAGUGAGUUCGGAGGUGGAGAACAACUCCAAUGUGCGGUACCAUUUGGUGGAACAUCAUGGUGAGAUCAUGAAGGUGUGGGAGUGGAUCACGGACGUGGAUACGUGA